CAAGUCCCACGACCAGCACGGACACGCACGAAAAAACUACAGGGAAACGUCAAGCGCGUGGCUGAGACGGGCCGAGACGCUCACUGCGGCCAGGGCCAGAUGGGUAGGGUGCCAACCCGGAGCAGAAAAGCCCAGCAACGCCCCAGGCCCGGAGUUCAGCCCCAGCAUCGGGGCGGGGAUCAGAGGGUUCAACGGCUGAAGGAGGAAGCACCCGAACCCACCGGCUGGUGGAUUCCAACCGGCCCUGGAGAGACUCCAACGAGGGAGGAGCGGAGCGGCGCGAACGCGUCACCGGGCGAGGCGCACCUGCCCUGGCCUGGCGGGCCGGGACGCGCCCUCCGUGCGGUCGCCUGGCGAGGGCCGUGGUCCGGGUCUCGGGAGAACGUUUGCAGGGGGCUGGCUAGGCUCCAUCCGUGGAAGCAAGGUUACACGGGCCUGUGUGCACGGCUUAGUGAUGGACGUGUGUGUGCAGCUCCGAAGACUAAACGGGAAUCCAGACUGGGCCCCAAGGGGAACCCCCUGCCCGCCAGGCCCCGCCAGACCCAGCCUGAGGCCGACGGCCACCUCUUCAUGGACCGAGGGAGGACCACCGGUGACCGCGCUGGACACCCCAGCCGACUGGGGCCCGGGCCCCUUUCCACUGGUGAUUUCCGGGAGAUUGGGCUGUGAAUAGAAGUUGGUGCGCUCGGUUCGUCACCUCGGUCUUCUCUCUGUCUGGUGGAGGUGAUGCUCAUGGGGUUCCUUUGGGUUUUUUUCCAAAAUCGUGGGGUUCCCUAG